AUGCAAUUCACUACCAUCAUCAACGUCGCACUCCUUGUGGCUGGCAGCCUGGGCUACGCCAACAACUGCAAGGGCUCCAGCAAUUCUCCCAGCAUUACCGACUGCCAGGAGGCUAUUCGCAGGAUCGACGAGAGUUCAUCCUACGGCGACGGGGCUGAGUUCUCCGUCGGAAACUGCUACAUGGUCUAUGCCACUAACGGUGCUGGUGAACACAAGGUCGACGGCAAGACCAUCCGUAACACAGCACAAUCGAUCCUGGACUCAUGUGGCCACCACAAGGGAAGCUACGGCACCAACAACGACUGUGACUCUUGCCACGUUACUGUCAACUACAGGGCUCCUAAGAAGUUCUAA